AAGGUUGCUGUUUUGCAUCCACUCUUCGAACAUUAUGCAUAUUCUGUUCGCUUUGGUUGUUCUCUGAGCGAAAUGUUCGCUGAAAAAAAGAGUGAUAAUGCGGUGAAGUUGACGAAAAUACAGCGCCUUUUCCGGUAUGAUUCCACAUUUGAGCAUGAGAAGUGGUUAAUGGCCUAUGAAGACUAUCCGCUAUGGCUGAAGGCGUUCGGUGACCAAGGUUUCGCACUGUAUACAGCGCUCACCAAUGAUAAAAAGGAUGUGGUUGGUUCAGUUGCACUUGCGAAAUAUCCAGCCGAGCAUGACCUGCCCAGAGUUGGGACGUUAGGAAUGUAUUUUGUGCAUCCGGAUUAUCGCGGUACUGGAGUCGGCACGAUGUUAUUCAAUAAAGCGAUUGCAGAGUGGAAAAAGGACGGCGGAAAUAUGGCACUAAAUGGAGUUCAAAAGAUGUCACCAAAGUAUGCAGCCAUUUAUGGCUUCAAUAAGCUGAACGAUUGGCAUCCAACGCCAGUGACUGUCGAAAUGAGGCACGCAAACGUAUCAGCACUCCACUCAAAUCCGAAUCUCAGAAUGGUUUCCAUAGACGAUGUGAAAUUCGAAGAUUUAUUGGCCUAUGAUAUGUCUCUCGUCGGAUCGUAUAGAGUGAAGUAUCUUUGCGAAAUGCUUCGCAGUGAAAAUGCUUACCAUAAGAUCGCCGUUGAGGACGGCAAAAUCGUUGGUAUUAUUAAUGCGCGUAAGGUGGUUAGUAACUCCCUUUCGAUAGGACCUUUCUACGCAAAUAACAAGCUGACAGCUUCAUCCCUGUUGAGAUCACUUCUUCAAUCAAUCAGCAAUGUUGAUCAGUACUCGGGAUUAUUGCUGUGCAUUCCAACAUCAAACAAGAAUGCGUUUUCGGUAAUUCAAGCGCUGUCGGAUGGCAAUCAUACCGUGCAUCCUUUCAUGAUCAGUCAGUUCACUGACCAAGUGGUCGGCGCAGAUCACCAGUGUGUAUACGCUAUCACUGACUAUGCAAUGAGUUAUAUAUGA